GAAACGAGAAAAAUAGAAAUAAUAAUCUUUUUUCAAGUUUUUAACUUGUCGACCAUUUUCCUUCCUCUCUUCUUACUGCUCUCAAACCCUGUAUUAUGGAUAUGAGCAUCCUCUUCAAACCUUGUAUGGAGAUGAGCAUCCUCUCCAAGCCUCAAUCUUUUGCGCGAACAUUUUUCCAAAAUCACAUCUUUUGCUGAUCUGGGUCUUUGACAGUUUUGGUGCAGACAACAGCUUCCAGCCUUCCACCGCUUUUUGGCCUCAGUUACUUCACUCUGAAACCGUUCAUAGGAACAAACCCGUUUGUUUCUCGCGAUUUUAAUGGCUUCCUGAUUAUACCAUAAACAGAUUCUGAGAAAUGGGGUUUUCUUUUUACACGCGUAACAUCGAUGUGUGUUUAUGAGAUAUCUCGUUUUUUGAGAACUGAGAAAUUGAAGAACUCUACUCCCCUUAAGAACAAUCGGGUGCAGAUUAGGCCACCAUUUCAUUUUCUGGAAACGAUUGUUGGCUUUGGCUUGGGUUUUAUGUCGCAACUGAGAAAUCUUCACAAGUUGAUCAAAACUUUCUUUGGGAAGUUUGUUUAUCAUGGGUAGAGGUAGAGGAAAAGGGAAGAAGCAAACUUCUAUUGCCACUCGUGAGGAUCCUGAGAGUGGUGAAGAGGGAAAAAUUCCAGCAUUCAGGAGAAGAGGAAGGCCUCAAAAACCAUUUAAGGAUGAAGAAGAAGAAGAAGAAGAAGAAGUAGAUAACGCUGAAAAGACAAAGGAAGAUGGUGAGGAUGCUAAAGGUAAUAUUUCUAGAAAAGAUGUGAAAAAUCAGGCUACCGUAGAGAACGGUCGGAAGAGGAAGAGAUCUGCCCAGGUCAAUGAAAAUAUAGAUUCAGUUGGAGUGGAGAAUGGCAUUGGAACAAAAUCAAGCCCUGACAAUUCACUGAAGUCUGUCGGAUUUCGACAAAAUGGAAGUAGGAGAAAAAACAAGCCUCGACGGGCUGCUGAAGCUGGUUUUGAGUGCAAGUGAGCUUGGAUCAGCUCUAAUGAUGGCUGUGUACCCUCACCCUCAGAGAAGUCACAAUAGUGACCUACAUAUGGUUUCCUGUAAUUCAUUUGUUAUGUGUUUUUCUUGUUUGUUUUAGUAUCUGGGCUUCUAUUCCUCCUUGUGAAUGAUUUUGAUCGGGAGGUUUUUGAGCGGGUUUUACUUCCUGAAUUUUCAUGAACCUAGCGCCUUUAAAAAAAGUUUUGCUACUUUACUGCUA